GAGGAGCAGGCGUAGGUCCCCGCCUCCUCCGCAACGUGCUCGCGCUAGUCCCUGGGACAGGACCCGCCCCCCCGACCCCCCCACGCGGUGGUCGAAAUGGCGCUCGCCGGUCUUGGGUUCCGGAGAGCGGCGGUCUCCGCUCUUCGGCUCUGUCUGGCUACGGGGUCUCCACCCCGCAGGCGCGCGGCCCAUUUCGCUUUCCAGCCGGACCCGGAGCCCACCCAAUAUGGCCAGACACAAAAAAUGAACCUUUUCCAGUCUAUAACAAGUGCCUUGGAUAAUGCCUUAUCUAGAGAUCCAACUGCAGUAAUAUUUGGUGAAGAUGUAUCCUUUGGUGGUGUUUUCAGAUGUACUGUUGGCUUGAGAGAUAAAUUUGGUAAAGACAGAGUGUUCAAUACUCCUUUAUGUGAACAAGGAAUUGUGGGAUUUGGCAUUGGAAUUGCAGUCACUGGUGCUACAGCUAUCGCCGAAAUCCAGUUUGCUGACUAUAUUUACCCCGCCUUUGAUCAGAUUGUUAAUGAGGCAGCAAAGUAUCGAUACCGUUCUGGAGAUCUCUUUAACUGUGGAAGCCUUACAAUAAGAGCACCUUGGGGAUGUGUGGGUCAUGGUGCAUUGUAUCACUCUCAGUCCCCAGAAUCCUUCUUUGCUCACUGUCCAGGACUGAAGAUUGUUGUUCCAAGAGGACCUAUUGAAGCGAAGGGACUGUUAUUGUCAUGUAUAGAAGAUAAAAACCCUUGCAUAUUCUUUGAACCUAAAAUAAUGUACAGAGCAGCAGUGGAACAAGUCCCUGUGGAGCCUUACUCCAUCCCUUUGUCUCAAGCAGAAGUGCUUCAGGAUGGAAGUGAUGUAACUUUGGUGGCUUGGGGUACUCAGGUUCAUGUUAUAAAAGAAGUAGCAGUUAUGGCACAAGAAAAAUUAGGUGUCUCCUGUGAAAUAAUAGAUUUGAAGACGAUUUUGCCUUGGGAUGCAGAGACUGUGUGCAAGUCAGUGGCAAAGACUGGACGAUUACUCAUCACUCACGAAGCCCCUGUUACUGGAGGUUUUGCAUCUGAAAUCAGCUCCACGGUGCAGGAGGAAUGUUUCUUAAAUCUAGAAGCUCCUAUUACAAGAGUAUGUGGUUAUGACACCCCAUUUCCUCACAUCUUUGAACCAUUCUAUAUCCCAGACAAAUGGAAGUGCUAUGAUGCAGUUCGGAAAAUGAUUAAUUAUUGAUGUUCAGGUGAAAGAAGAAAGAAAAUUAAACUGCUAUCUACAGAAUGGUUGCCAUUAAACUUGGGCUUAUUUUGUUUAUCUUUAUCGGGAAUAACCAUUCAAGAUUCUUUUCUGGAUCAAGCCAAAAUUCUGUCAGAUAUGGAGUGUAAUAUGGCCAUGUAAAAUAUUUAUUUUGAUUCUUUCCCAAUUUUGCACAUGAGACUAACUUGUUUUAUCAUGAAAAUCAAGGCACAGGUUGAACUUAAUAAUUUGUAAUCAAGAGACCUGUGGUCUGCUUUUUUGCCUUAAUUGACAAAUGUAUGUGACAGUUUUUACAGUAGACUUGUUAUGUAUGUAUUGAUCCUAAAUACAGUAGAUUGUACAUAUCAUCAUUGGUUAUUGUAUUCAUACAGGCUGUCUCCAGAAAUCACUUGGAAGCUUUGAAGGAUCCUCUAGUGUAGAUUGACAAAUGCAUCAUAGGUGCAUUAAUAAGGAGAGUAAGACAAAUUCUUUCAUGUAAACAUUUUGCUUCUUUGAGAGGCUGGAUGUGAUCAUUCCAAUAAUUUGUCAUAAAAAAACCAGACAUACUUGAUUUGGGCCCUUUUAUAAGAAAUGUGGCAUUCUCCAAGAUGUUUUGAUGGAAAAUUUAAAUAUCAGGGGACUAUGUUUAUUAAUAAGAACAGACAGAAAUUAUUAAUGUAAUAGAUAUACAUGGAAAUAUUUGAAGCAUUUAUCCAAAUUCUCUGUCAGUGGCAGACAAUUGGAGGCUCUAAUAUUUUGUGUGAAAAUUAAACUGAUUGGUUAGAUUUAUUCUGGCUGGCUUUAUCAGCAAUUUGGUAAGAAGUCAGGUCAACUCGCUUCAGAGGCUACGUCAUUUGAUUUGGUUUGUAACUGGCAGUCUAAGACUUCCUCCCCUGUUUAUCAUUGCAGAAUUUUAAAAUGGUGAUAAAUUAUUAAGCUUUUUAACAGAAUGGAAUGAAAUCUGCAUGCAUAAUAAUGACCCUUGUUAGCAAAGAAAGCAUUUGGCAUUUCAGACACAUAGAUCACUCAUAGGGGAGACACAUCCAUUUUCUGGUUCUUUUUUCCAUUGUUUGUACUGAAAACUAAAUGACAUCAGUGAUUAUCAUUCUGCCCCUAGAAACCUGUAAAUGCAAACACUUCCUUAUGUAAGUAAUGUACCCAAUUUCAAAAAGAAGUCUAUAAUGGUUAGGUAAUUUUUGUAAAUUAAAAGUUUGCAUUAUGUAAUAAGUAUUCAAUAAUUCCUAUGUGUAUUAUUUAAAGAACAUUCUAGACCAGGGUUUCUUUAUUUUGGCAACAUGCUGGCUGGAGAAUUCUGGGAGUUGAAGUCCAUGAGUGUUAAAGUUAGCAAGAUUGAGAAAUCCUGUUCCAAAGGUUAAUGAAACUAGGACUUGCAGCAUUCUUAGGAAUUGGGGCCAAUGUUGACAGAUGCUGAAAGUGAAUAUUCAACCCCUAGAACAGCAUAAAUUACUAUACCAGUCUGGAACAGAAAAUUGAACAUAAAUUGAAAUGUUAUCUAUGUAACUAUAACUAAAAUAGCAUGGGACAAAUAAGGGAGAAUGAAAAAUGACAUUUCUGAGCUAAAUAAACAAGGAAAAGGAUUUUAGGAAAAUUGACAGGAAAAGGUUAAAUGGAAAAGAAGGAAACUACCCUAGGAAGACAUGAGAAAACACAAGCCCAAUCUGAUGGCUAUUGUAAUCCUUUUUAAAAUACUUUGCGGGAGAGAAGAACGAACAAGCAGGCAUCGUCAUGACAUCACUUAUAAAAUAAUUCCCUGCAAUUAGAACUAGAUCUGUCACAUAUAAAUCAUAAUAUGUAAUUUCUUUUAUCUUUCCUUAUUUCAGUACUUUUCUUUCAUAGAAAACCUGAGGGGAUUUUUUGUGUUUUUCUAGACAUUUCAUUAUCCUCUACUUUUCUAAAUUGCCUGAAAAUUAUGACAAGACCUGAAUAUGCUUGCAGCAGUUCAGAGUACUAUUUUAUUGCUAGAUAAAAAUUUAAAUCUAUUCAGAACAGCU